AUGGACAACUUAUUUUCAAAUUUAUCAAACCAAGAACAGAUAGCAUCAGAAUAUUCGGGACAAUGAGACAGCUUUCUGUGAGAAGAUGCCAACUGCUUUGGAUAUGACAAUGUGUUCCUCUGAAAUAGUGAUCAAGACGAGAAAAUGAGACUAAUGAUGCAAGACUGGAAUUCUUUUGGCAUCGUUGAUUCUUCCCUUGUCUCAUUGAUUCUCACAAAGAGUGGUUUUAAAGAUAAUAUCUGUCCUGAUACAUCUCUCUUCAGAAAUAAUAGAGUUUUAAGUCAAAAUAUCUUGCUUAAUACUAAAACUCAAAUUGAAUCAGAAUGAAGAGAAAAUAUAAGCACAGAUUCGAAAGAUUCUAAAGAAAAUGAAUCUGGCUGUGAGAUGGCUGAAAUAUUGCCGAAGAAAGUAUUCAAAAUCGCGAAAGUACUCUCAGGAAGCCUAAAGCUAGACCAAAACAAAAUUAAUAAAAGAUUCGACUGUAAAGUGAAGAGCUCCAUUAGGUUUAUCAAAACCUUCAUUAAGAAAUUAUUCAAGUCCAUGAACUGACAGAUAGUCUACAGAAGAUAUGUCAACUGAAGUGUUAAUAAGAUAUUUGAUACGAUGAGGCUAACUUUGCAGGCCAUUGUUCCUGAAGAGCUUCUUGUAGAUGACUUAGUCUACUACACCAUUGGCAUUCUCAAGAUAAAGAAGCCAUCUCAGAUGAAUUGUAAGCAAAAGAUUAAAAGAGAAAUAUCUGAGUUCAAUGAAACAAACUUAAGAUUUAAUUACAAAAAGCUUAAGAAGAUAAUGCAGUCUAAUUGUCUGAGAGUUUUAUGCAGAAGUAUUAUACCAAAAGCUAAUAAAUCCAUAUCAGGGACUUUGGAACAAGUGUUAGAUUGAGAAUAAAACCUCUGCAGCAAGGCUCUUACCAAUAAAACCUCCAAAAGAAGAUCAUUUAACAUGAGAGAGAUAAAAUCCUACCCCAAUUUCAUCAUAAAAAGUU